AUAUGUAAUAUAAAAAUAUAAUAGCAAAUUCAUAAACACUAGACAGUAUCUUUAUUGGAUCUAUUUAUUUAAUUUUAAUAUUUAAGGCUGAGACAUAAUUUUAAUUUACUACCAUGGGUACAUAAUUAUUAAUGUUGUACCCUAUAAGUGGGUGCUUUAGUUUUAUUGGUAAAAGUUUAUGUAUGUAAUUAUACUACAAGUGCUAGGGAUGCGAACUGGUGCUGUUGGGUUGAAGAAAAAAAAAAUAUAUAUAUAUUAAAACCCGUUUUAGUUUAUAAACUAGCUAUAAACCGUGUUGUUUUCAAGAUAAUUAAAAGUAUAGCAAACAAGAAAGUUAUUUUAGAUCUAAAAGAAGGGCGGCAGUAAAUAAGGAAGCCGGUGAAAAUGGCCGGCGACUGCGCAUACAACAAACACAAUGCUAAAGAAACGACUUUUUUUAGUAACAAACAUUUGUUGGACUGCAAGCAGGAAGCUGGAGGAGAUGUUGCUGUCGAUUCCGUGGGGGGAAAAGCCCUGUCCUCCCCUUUCUAUGAGGUUAUAGACGGAGUACUGUAUCGCAAAAAGUUGGAGAAAGGAUACAUCAAUUACAGAGAGGUGCUGGAUACAGAUAGGAGACUCGGUGCUAUUGCUACUUUUCAUCAGAAGAGAAAUGGAGCGCAGCACCACACCUUGGAGGAUACCUACAGAUUUGUGGCGGAAAACUAUUGGUGGGAAGGAAUGUUUUUUCCCAUUCGGGAUUAUGUCCUAGGAUGUAAGGAAUGCACAGGAAGGAGGGUGGGGAUGGAUGUGUAUGAAGAAACUAUUACCAAAACAUUAGUUUCCCACGGGACUGAUGUUCUUAAAAAGUUGAACAGUCAGCGUGACGAAGGUCUAUUCUGUGACAUAACCUUGAUUGUGGAUGGAGCCACGUACUCUGCACAUAAGGCAGUGCUUGCAGCUGCCAGUGAAUACUUCAAGGAAAUGUUUACAGAGAUGGAUUCCACAUCCAAUCAUAAGUCUGCAGUUGAUCUAACUGGUUUCAGCCCGGACAGUUUUCUGCCUUUGCUGGAGUUUUCAUAUACCUCCACUCUGUCUUUGAAGCUUGGGAACCUUACAGAGAUCUGUACUAUGGCCAGGCACUUCAGGAUGUGGUCAGUGGUUGAGUUGUGCAAAGGCAUUCAGAAAGAGCAAGUGGACAGUAAGGACUAUUCAGGGAUACAGCGCUUGGGGGGCAAACGCUCCAUCUACACUCCAUCUCCUACCUCUGUGGAAAUCUGUGGCAUCAAGUCUAUAAUUAAGAGCCAGCAAGACAGCCCACCUUCUCUUGGAAAAGACGAGAAAUACAAUAAUGAAACUCCAAAUAGUCAGGAUUAUAUGGAGAAUUCCAGAUGCCAUUUUAUGGAAUCAAACUUUAAGGAUUCUGCAAAGAGCAAAGCACACGUUUUGGAGAAUAGCUUUAAAUGCACAUUGGGAACAUCAGAAGAACUGAGUACAGGCAAGUUGCUCAGGCAUUACUCAACACUGCAGAAGGCAGAUAAGCAAACCCUCAGCACUCCCAUGAAACGGCUGAAGUUGUUGGAUUUCAAGUCUCCAUCUAAAAAAAUUAAGUCUUCUCCCAAGAAACUUCCUUGUACAAAAAUAUCUCCUAGCCAUCAGAAUCCAAACUGGGCCAUGGCUUCUCCAACGCAAAACAAAAAAGAGAUUUCUUUACAGGGCAUCACAACCACUCCUAUCCAAGCAAACUACAAGAAGCAGUUACGUUUUUCUCUUCCAGACGAGUGCACCCAGGAAAGGCUGGAAAUCUGUGCAGAAACAUUCAAAUCUCCAGUCAAGACAGAGCCAGCGGAAGAGGAGGUGCAGUCUCCCAAUACAGUAGAAAAAUACAAGCUGCUCCGUGUGUUGGGUCUGCAGCGCAAAUCCUUGAUUGUCUGUGGAGAGGAGUUGACAGGAUGGAGGCAAAAGAAACGUCUCAGGAAGCUUAAGGUCUGCAGCUAUUCCCUGACCACCAGAAGAAAAAGGAGCACGGGUAACCUUAACUCGGGAGAACACCGUGCUGACAAACAAAGCCUGUCUCAGGGGAAGAUUAACCUGGGAAUAAUUAAAGCUGAAAAGACAGAAUCUGAAAUAAGCCCAGUGCGCAGGAAUAAGGUUAUGUUAAGAAGGCGAGGCUAUGGUUGGACUACAAGAAGCAAAGUUGCAUCAGUUAAAUUGAGGGUAGCUGCUGAACAAAAAGCCCUGCAAGCCAUUCAUAAUGCAACAGAGAAAACUACUGUCAGAUGUAAUAGAGGCAGGAGCUCCAGACUAGAAAGUAGACAGCUUCCAAGCGUUCGACCUGGAAACAUUCAGAUUAACAAGCACAUUAAAAAAGAAAUACCGGCUAAGCAGAGUGUCUUUACAGAUAACCACGUCAGAAGUAGACGCUUAGGUUUUGUACAUACAAACAAGCCAUCGUUUUUAUCUGUUCAGGUAAACAACCCAAUUGCUGAAGUGUGUUCUGUGGAGGAUCUUUCCAGGGGAAGCACAAAUAAAAACAUUAGGUUAUUGAGGAGCAUCAGGCAGACAGAAAAGAUUAAUGAAAAGUAUGCGUAUGUUGGGAAGAAAGCUGCCCUGGUAAGGGCGAGACAGAAGUUGGAUAGUCAACCACUUCAGAAAGGAAGCGCUCAAUCAAAGAGUCCUUUUGUUUGCAACAAAGAAGUAGGAAAAGCUGUGAAGCAAACCAAAUCUGGGAAUGCAGAUGCCAGGAACCAAAGAUUUAGAUCAAGCACUUGUAAAGUUCAGCUUGCUUCAGGCCUGGGUAAACGAAAGAGAAAGCCCAGUCAAAAACUAUUGGAUGCUGGGUUUGUGUUUAACUUGCACAGGCCAGAAAGCACAAAAGAGGUGGCUGGUAGCAGCACAAUGAGGGACAGUAAAAAACAUGAACUCUGUCUAACAACAACCUCUGUCUCGAAACUAAGUUCCAAAAACAUAAGGGGCAGUGGGCCUCAGACUUCAGAAAUUCUGGGUAGAACUCGCGGGGCGAUUAAAAAUGCAGAGGCCGUACUGGUACUUGGGAGGAAGCUGCUAAAGGUCAAAGGCAACAGGCCUUUAGUUAAGAGAAGUGAGUCCUAUUGGUCUGCUGAGGGUAGAGGUGGAAAGUGCAACAUUGACCGUACUGCUUCAAGAAAGAUGGCUAACGUACAAUUACUGGCUGACCUUGGAUCUACAUUUGACUACACGGAUGGACUACCGAAGGUCGUAGACAUGAAGACCAGACUUCCCAAGUUUGCUGAAGUGAUUAAAAGUACUCGUGUGAAAAGGCUAAAAGCUGGAGUUUCAACAAACGGCAGCUGCAGCAGCAUCUCAGUGUCUUCACACACCUGCUCUGAAUGUAAAGAUUCUUUCAAAAACUGUGACUCUCUUAUCAUGCACAAAAUAAGACACAUAGAAGGAAAACACUGGCCUUGUCCGUUGUGUAAAAAAACUUUCUUCAGGCAGAAAAACGUGCAGAACCAUAUUCGUACUCACGAUCAGAUGCUCUACAGAUGCAAGCAUUGUAUGAAAUAGCAGAGAGAAAGAGGGCUGACUCUAAAGGGUUAGGAGGAGAAAAACAUUUAAAUGUCCGGUCAGGACAGAACAUCACAUUUCUAAAGUUGUGGUGUUUGUUUUAAGAAGACUAUGACUUGUAAACAACUAUAUUGCUAUACAGCAGUGUUGUGGAAAUCCCAGUGUUUGUGUAAUUACCUGAACUAAAUAAGCCAAAACUUCAAACGUGAGCCCUGGGAAGACAUGCUCUCGUGAAGUAAAUAUUUGCAGAAAUGUAAACAAAUUAUUUAUAACAUUUUAAUGGAUCUGUUUAUUAAUAAAUGUUACAUUGCUCUUAAUGAUUUUAAACCUAAGAUUCAUUAAUUUAUAGAUGCUGAAAUUGACGAAUGCUGGGUAUACUUGAAAGUUUCUGUGUCUUUGUAUAAUGGUCAUAUUUAUAAUAUUGCUGCACAUUUUUUGGUUUUUUUUGACUGCAGUGUUCUGUCAUGUCUGCCUAGUAAAUUGCCUAUUUAAAAGAGAAACUGUUUAAGUGAGGAUGAGGCAAGGUUGAAAAACCUGUUCCACUUAUCAGCAUCACAAUGUUAUCACUGGUCACCCUUUACUUCUGUUGAAUAUGUUUGUUUUGGUUCUUUGCAUGUAUUUUAUACUUUGAGUUUGGAAUAUGCAGAUAUUUCAAAGACCACACUGCAGACAAAGUAGCUGCUACUUUUAUGAGAUUUAAUUGGCAUAUUCUGAAUAAAUGUUUUAAAGUGAAGACCCCAAAUAUUUUUAGUGCAGUAAUAUUGUUAAUUAAGCUAUUGAAAGCAAAACCAUAGAUUUUUUUUUUUAAACAUUGGUUAGCACCCCUUUUAAAAUGUGAUUUUGAAUAAAUGUAAUUAUUGUGACACAA